GGGGGGCGGCGGGCGGGGAGCCGAGGGCCCCCGCAGCGCCGAGGGCUGGCGGGGGGGCCCCCCCAGGGGCCCCGGGGGGCCGCUGCUGCGGGGCUGGGGACGCGCGGGCGGCAGCAGCGGGGGGCCCCUGCUGCUGGCUCAUCUUGCGGAGGGAAGAAAGGUGGGCCUGCGGCGCUCCUGCAGGCUGCUGCUGCGCACUCCGGGGCAGCUGCGCAGAAGGCAAGGAAGGGUCUUCACAGCGGCGGAGGCGCAGCGCCUACUGCCCAGCCAGAGGCGCGGAGGGUCUGCGCCGCCAGGGGCGGAAAGGGCUGAAGGAGAAGCCCCCGGGGGCCCCCAUCAAGGCCUUCACGGGAAGCGCGAAGAUCUUCAGAUCUGGAGGCGCGGGAGUUCGCGUCUCUCGGAGAGGCAAGAGGAGGGGAGGGACGCACAAGGUGGAGCCCGCGGCACCCCCGCAGCAGCAAACGCGUGUUGGGCCCACUGCCAAAAGCCCAACGGAAAAUCCCCCUUCAAAAGCCACUAUUAUUGUCCAUCAUGCCGCAAUCCCAAGGCUGGCGCCGAGAGCCAUCGCAGCAGCAGGCACGGGAGCCACCCGAAUCUGGGGUGUAUGUACACCGGAGAUUUGGCAGCCAACAGGGGGAAAAACCCCUACAACUUCCAACCUCGUUCCUUCUUCGUUGCACUUUGCAGGAAAGAGCAGCUCCAGCGCCAGCCACGACGCCCCCUGCUGCGCAGCACCGCCACCCCCUUGGGGCGACAACUUUGGGGCCACCAUGCACGUGUGGGGCGCCAACCGAGACAGUCAGCACUAG